AUGUUGAAGCAAACCCAAGAAGCAUUGGCCGCAAAGAUCCCCGCGGCCUGGCGUUUGCCUCAGCAGUUCCUGGACUCACAGCAGAAAGACGUGUCUGGAAUCCCCGCCGUCUGUGGCAUUCUAUCUGAGGACGACCUGGUGAUUACUGCUGCCGACGCCACCGAACUCUUGCACCAGAUUCACACGGGGGUGUGGACUGCUGAACAGGUCUGCCUCGCUUUCUGCAAACGAGCGGCAAUCGCUCAGCAAUUGGUGAACUGUUUGACGGAAAUCUGUUUCGACGAAGCGUUGCAGCUCGCACGGGAACUGGACCGUCACUACCAGGCCACUGGCCAGCUGAGAGGACCGCUCCACGGCCUUCCAGUCAGCAUCAAGGACCAUGUCAACGUCGCAGGGCUGCGAUCAACCCUCGGCUACUGUCGCUGGGCCGACAACCGGCCCAGUGAAGAUGCGGUCUUAGUCCAGGCUCUCAAGCAGGCCGGGGUGGUGAUCUUUGUCAAGACGACGAUGCCCGUCACUGGCAUGGCAAUUGAAACCGUCAGUCAGCUCUGGGGUCGCACCAAGUGUGGUUUCAAUCGAGCCCUGGUAUCUGGAGGAAGCUCGGGGGGUGAAGGAGCACUGGUUGGUAUGUACGGGUCGCCCAUAGGUAUUGGAACUGAUAUUGCCGGUUCCAUCCGGGUGCCGUGUGCCUUCAACGGGCUGUAUGGCAUUAGGCCAUCCACGCGCCGCCUGAGCUAUGAAGGCAUUACUUCCAAUGUCAGCGGCGGGCGCGCAAUUGCUGCCGCCAUUGGGCCCAUGUGCCAUUCAAUCCGUGACGUCGAACUGAUAUGUCAAGUGGUGACCAAAGCGAAUCCAUGGUAUCAAGACCCCAAUGUUGUCCAGAAGCCAUGGCUACCAAGACCUGCAAUUCCAACCAAACUGUCCAUCGGCCUCUUGAAAUUUGACCAGGUCGUAAUGCCUCAUCCACCCAUACUGAGAGCGCUGGACGAUGCGGCAACUAAGCUGAAGGCGGCGGGCCAUGAAGUGGUUGAAUUCACCCCCUAUCAGCAUCAGCGAGCCUGGGACAUUGCUUAUCCUCUCUAUUAUGCGACCGGGGGCAAGGAAAUGCAAGCCCAUCUCGAUGUUACAGGCGAACCAUGGCCGAAGGCGGCAGCCAAAUUGAGCGCGAAUCCAGACCUGCGAGAACAGUCGGCAAGCGAAUUGUAUGCUCUACACAACGCUCAGGACACCUACAAGAAGGAAUACCUCAAGCACUGGAACGCGACCGCGAAAUUGACGUCGACCGCAAGGCCCAUUGAUGCGCUUCUGUGUCCGAUCAACCCAUGCGCCAGCUACCCCCACGACUUCUUAACAUGGUGGGGAUACGCCGCUCAAUGGAAUCUCCUGGACUACCCGGGCGUGAUCAUUCCCGUCGGAUUCGUUGACAAGGAUCGAGAUGUCAAAGACACAAGCUACAAGCCUACCUCUGCGAUGGACAAGGAGCAUUAUGAGCUAUAUGAUCCGGAUUUGUGGCACAACGCACCCAUCUCGCUACAGCUGGUGGGAAGACAGUUCGAGGACGAGAGACUCCUGGCUGUAAGUGCAGUCGUGGAUGAGGUGGUGAGUGGAGGGAAUGCAUAG